UGCCGUUUUUGCACCACAAGCCAUCGUAAAAGCCCUAUCUAUCUCCCCAUCCUCCCGACACCCACCCUACCAGGGUUCGAGCUGCCUCGUCUGCGUCGGUUCCAGCCGCUUUGAGGUUUCUUUCGGUCAUGCGAGUGGUCUGCUGCCAUCCGCUUUCGUUUCGCUAGGCCGUGAUCGUCCUGUCAUCUCACACCUCCGGAACCGCCAUCGUGGGGCAUUCGUCUUUCCGUUAAGGGGAACUUUAUUUUCCAUAUCUUAUUUGUCCGCUAUAUUCGUACUGCAACCACCCUUUAUCGUGGUGCCAUACCCCGCAUCUCUUCGCAUCGUCGUCUCGUUUCCAUAAACCACCGCGUCAGCAUUCGACGCCACAUUACACCCAUAUCCCAACCAUCACUUGACACCCACCCACCGCUAAACAAAAUGUGGGACCCAUACGGCACCCAACAGCAGCAGCAACAGGCCGCAGGGGCAGGUGGCGAUCCACAGAAGACGACGUUGUGGAUGGGCGAUUUGGAGCCAUGGAUGGAGGAGAAUUAUAUCAGGAGUUUGUGGGCGGCGAUGGGGGAGCAGGUUAAUGUAAAGAUGAUUCGGGAUAAGAUUACUGGACAAAACGCAGGCUACUGCUUCCUCGAUUUCCCCACCAACCAAUCCGCCAACCGCCAUCUCAAUAAUGUGAACGGCAGCCUGAUACCUGGGACGAACCGAAUGUUCAAGUUGAACUGGGCGUCGGGUGGAAGAGAUAUUAGUACGAGGGAAGAGCGAGGCCCGGAGUUUUCGGUGUUUGUUGGAGAUCUUGGACCUGAGGUUACCGAUGCCGUUCUACUGGCAACGUUUCAACAAGCCCGCUUCACAACCUGCAAAUCAGCGCGUGUGGUCACUGACCCAGCCACCGGCGCAUCGCGUGGUUAUGGUUUCGUCAGAUUCACCGACGAAGCCGAACAACAGCGCGCCCUUACAGAAAUGCAAGGCGUGUACUGCGGCAACCGCGCCAUCCGCGUCUCCGUCGCCACGCCGCGCAACAACACCGGAGGCGGAGGAGGGAUGAGAGGUGCGGCGCAGCAGGGUUAUUAUCAUCCGGCCCAGCAGCAGUAUGAUGCGAAUAAUACGACGGUGUUUGUUGGGGGCUUGGAUGGGAAUAUCUCGGAUGAUGAGUUGAGGAGUUAUUUCCUCCCAUUCGGCGAAAUCGUGUACUCCAAAAUCCCACCCAACAAAGGCUGCGGGUUCAUACAGUUUGCCCACCGCCAGUCCGCCGAGAUGGCUAUCAUGCAGAUGAACGGCGCUAUCAUCGGCGGCAUCCGCGUCCGCCUCUCCUGGGGCCGCACGCAACCCUCCACCCCCAAAUCCGAUCCCUCCUACCGCUCCUCCGCCCCCUCCUCGCCCUACAUGUCGCACACCCCGCCCUACGGCACCUCAGGCGGCCCGCCAAAUCUGCAUUUCAACCCGAUGACGAUGAUGGGCAUGCUGGGCCACCACCCGCAUCACCAUCAUAACCAGCAGAUGCAGAUGCAGAUGAUGCAUCAGAUGCAUUUGCAGCAGCAGCAGAUGGGGAUGGGGAUGGGUGGGCAGAGGGGGGUGGUGGAUGAGCAGCAGCAACAUCGUAGCGCCACUUCUACUGGUGGUGCCACUGGCGGUGCUGGUGAAGAGGCGAGUGAGGAAGAAGGGUUUGCGAGGAGGAAGGAAGAUGGGACUGGGAAGAGUGAGCCGCGGGCUGCGUAAGGCGCGCCCCCAUACUAUAUUUACGUCGGGGCGCGGAGACGGAAAGUGGGAGGUCGGAGCCCCAACAGCAACACACAGCGGGAAGAACCCAAAAGCGGGCAGAUAGCCCCCGGGGUUUAUAGGCAUAGCAAAAUAGUAUUACAACUGUCUCACCCCGCCGCCGCCCGUUGAAAGGAAAGGCAUACCAUUACAACAAAGCAAAGCCAUUUUGUGAACGUUGAAAGAGGGCAUUGGGGAUAUCUAUUGCUGUAGACGUGCGGAAAAAAAAAGCAUCAACGCGCAGUCCCAGGUAUCCAGCAGUAUCCUGACCGUGCGGAAACAUGAAAGAUACCAUAUGUAAUCAGAUACCAUUGAUGAAUGUCAUUACACAGCUUUAUGUUCGAACAGUUUUGACUGUUUCCCGACAGCUACAAGUUGCCAUCAUCGGCGACGCCUCAGGCAGAGGUACAAUGAUGUGGAUGGCAGAUAACCACCACGGAAAAUGGGAUG